CAGCCUGGUACGUCCUAAUCGAAUGGCUCAACUUGCUGAGCAGAGCUCUCAAACGCGGCACACAGUUACCAUCAGGGAACGGAUGAGAGUCUGUCCUGCUCCCCUCCCUUUUCCCUCUCUCUUUCUCUCUCUCCAGCCACCGACUGCUAAGGACAUAGAGCCGGAGUCAGCCUGGGGAAACUCAACACCAGCAGGGCUCCGGGGGUGGCUGUGUUUACACAUCAUAUGAGGACUGUGACGUUUCCUCAGCUGUGACAGCAGUGUUCGUUUCUGUGGCUUGCCGGGCGCCUCUAUCUCUUUAGUGUCUCUAUAGUGUUUGUUCUGAAGGAUCAGGGCAAAGGGUGCCGUUUCAAAGGUCACCGAGAUUUCAGUGUGUUGGCAGCGUGAGAAGAAAGGGCCGGGCUGUGAAUACAGGAAGCAGAAGUUUAUUUGGAGUCUCCGAGGGAUUCAUAUCAUCUGUUCCACUUUGGAUAUUCGGAUUAUUCGUCUGACAUCACCUCCGUAACUCUUGCAGGGGAAAAGAUGGCUGUUAUUUCCUGGGAUAAGAAACUCUUGAACUUGCUGAACUUAUUUAUAGCUGACAGGAAAAAGUGAAACUUUCUUGAUGGGCAGCCUUGUUAGUAUGAGCAAGCACCAUGGGUAAUAUGUGUGGAUGUGUGCGGGGCUCUAAAGAGGAGUGUUAUGUUGAUCCCAUGAAAGCCCCAAUCAGCCCUGCACCAAAGGAGCUCCGUGGACGCCGAUACUUUCAAAGGAGGAAGAAGAGGAAAUCUGCAGAGUUCAGUACUACUGACUCUUUGAAAAGCCACAGAGUCGAGAGCUGUAGGAGUGAUGACCUGGAGGAUGUCACAUCUGGUAGUAAUUCCUUCAGUCAGGUUGGUACUUUGAACUCGGAGCAAGAUGAGAUUCCAAGGCCCAGGCAGCCCAGUAUCAGCCAUGGGGUCUAUGUCGGAGAAGUCCCAGUUCUCCGAGGUAAAACCGGCAGAAGACCAGGUGUUCAUCAGACUGAUAAGGGCAAAAGCAGGCCCACUGUGGAGCAUAAUCUACAUGGGGUCACCAAGAGCUCCAGAAGCAUCGCCUCAAAUGACGGGCUCUUGGAAAAGAAACUCUUGCGGAGGCAGUUGAGGAGGGCAGUGAGUUUUGGAGCGGUGGAACAUAUGCUCCAGACACUGAGAGGAAAAAGCUCCUCGAGGAGAAGUGUGGAUCAUCAGUUGGAAAACAUGGAGGGCUUCUCCAAAAUUAUAUGGGACACUCAAGUGCACAGGAAGCGGAGGAGGGCCCACACUUGCUCGGGAGGUUUAGUUUCCCAGGCUACUUUGGAUACUGUCCAACAAGAUCUUAAACAUGCUUCUACUGAACAGCAGGAGAUCUCGGAGAUCCACGUGACAGGAGAGUCCGAGGACAUGACAGCUAAGGAGAGACUUCUGCUGUGGUCCCAGCAGAUGACCGAAGGCUAUGUAGGCGUCCGCUGUGACAACUUCACUACCUCGUGGAGGGAUGGACGACUGUUCAGUGCUAUUAUUCAUAAGUACAGGCCCGACCUGGUCGAUAUGAGCAGAGUAUCAACACAGAGUAGCAGAUCCAACCUAGAGCAAGCGUUUGGUGUGGCCGAGCAGCUCGGUGUGGCCCGACUGCUGGACCCAGAGGAUGUGGACGUGUCAUCUCCCGAUGAGAAGUCUGUUAUUACUUAUGUAUCAACGUUAUACGACGUCUUCCCGAAAGUACCGGAGGGUAUGGAGGGCAUCAGUGCAAAUGAUGUGGAUAUUAAAUGGGUUGAAUACCAGAACAUGGUGAAGUACCUCAGCCAGUGGAUCAAACACAAUGUGACUGUUAUGUCAGACAGAAAUUUUCCCAGCAACCUUGUGGAACUUAAGGCACUUUAUACGCAGUAUCUACAGUUCAAAGAGAAUGAAAUACCACCAAAAGAAAAUGAAAAGGCCAAAAUCAAGCAUCUCUACAAAAUGCUAGAGGUGUGGAUAGAGUUUGGUCGCAUCCAGCUCCCUCAAGGGUACCAUCCUAAUGACGUGGAGAAGGAAUGGGGCAAGCUGAUCGUGGCCAUGCUGGAGAGAGAGAAGAGCCUGAGGCCUGAAGUGGACAGACUUGAAAUGCUGCAGCAGAUUGCAAACAGAGUCCAGCGAGACUGUGUAGCCGGAGAGGACAAAUUAUUGUUAGCACGGACAGCUCUGCAGUUGGAUGCAAAGCGGCUGGAAUCAGGAAUCCAGUUUCAGAAUGAACCCGAAAUCGCUGGAUACCUUCUGGAGUGUGAGAAUUUAUUGAGGCAGCAAGUAGUGGAUAUUCAGCUUUUACUGGAUGGGAAAUUCUACUUGGCUGAUCAGCUCGUUCAAAGGGUGUCUAAGCUCCGUGACGAUCUGCUGGCUUUGAGAACAGAGUGUUCAACCGUCUACAGCCAAGGACGCACGCUGACCUCAGAACAGACCAAGAUGAUGAUCUCUGGCAUCACGCAGAGUUUGAACUCAAACUUUUCCCCAAACUUCAGUGCCGGACUGUCUCCUGCGCUCACUCACGGAGGCCUGGUCACAUCGGGCGGCAGCCCUGCGAUGAGCCCGGCCAUGACGCCCAGCAUGCAGCCUGCCUCGGUCCAGACUUACCUCAGUGGCAGAGGAGGAGGAGGAGGAGGCAUGGAGCCCGGGGGCCUUCAGCAGCUCAAACACAUGCAGAUCCGCAAGCCCAUGCUCAAAUCCUCAUUGCUGGAUCCCAACUUGACUGAGGAUGAGGUUAAUGUGAAGUUUGUGCAGGAUCUUAUUAACUGGGUCGAAGAAAUGCAGGUUCAGCUUGAUCAAGCAGAAUGGGGAUCUGAUCUGCCAAGUGUUGAAUCCAGUUUAGGGAAUCAUAGAGAUUUUCACAAAGCCAUUGAAGAAUUCCAGAUGAGCAUUAAAGAAGCCAGAAUGAGUGAGAUUCAGAUGACCCAGCCACUGAAGCAGAGUUACUCUGAGAAGCUGAAGAAGUUAGAAAGCCAGUACGGGAGGCUGCUGAAAUGCUCCAGUGAGAGGCAGAAACACUUGGACAGCCUGUAUGAUUUUGUGUCCCGCGCCACUCAGGAGCUGAUCUGGCUCAAUGAGAAGGAGGAAGAGGAAGUGGCUUUUGACUGGAGUGAGCGAAACAGUAACAUUUCAAGGAAGAGAGAUUAUCAUGCAGAUCUAAUGAGAGAACUGGAUGACAAGGAGGAGGUGAUCAAGUCAGUACAGGAGAAGGCAGAGAGCCUCCUGCUGGAGAACCAUCCGGCCAGAUUGACCAUCGAGGCAUACAGAGCAGCCAUGCAGACUCAGUGGAGCUGGAUACUGCAGCUCUGUCACUGUGUGGAGCAACAUCUGAAAGAGAACGCUGUCUACUUUGACUUUUUCAGCAGUGCCAAAGAGUCAUUGGAUUACCUUAAGAGCCUCCAAGAUGCCAUCCACAGAAAGUACAGCUGCGACCGAAGCAGCAGUUUACAUCGGCUGGAGGAUCUCGUUCAAGAGUCCAUGGAUGAGAAAGAACAGCUCCUAAAAUACAGCAGCACAGUGGGUGGGAUAGUGGGACGGACAAAGUCCGUUGUUCAGCUCAAGGCCCGCAACCCAGAGAACCCCAUCAGGACCUCCAUACCUGUCAAAGCCAUCUGUGACUACCGCCAGAUAGAGAUCACCAUUAACAAAGAAGAUGAGUGCAUUCUAGUGAGCAAUUCUCACAGGGCAAAGUGGAAAGUGAUCAGUCCAUCUGGAAAUGAGGCCAUGGUACCUUCAGUCUGCUUUAGUGUACCUCCACCCAACAAGGAGGCUACUGAAAUGGCUAGCAGGAUCGAGCAGCUGUAUCAGAAUGUUCUUGCCCUGUGGCAUCACUCUCACAUUAACAUGAAGAGCGUCGUGUCCUGGCACUAUCUGAUGACUGAUAUACGCGCCAUCCGUAAAAGCACUGUUGCCUCGAUCAAGACGCUAUUGCCAGGUGAUCACGAGCAGGUGCUGAGCAGCCUGGAGUCCCACUUUGAGGACUUCCUGAGGGACAGCGAUGAAUCAGAGGUUUUCACAGUGGCUGAUUGUGCCCAGCUGGAAAAGGAGGUUCUGGCUUGUAAGGAGUACUAUGAGGAGCUCCUCAAAUCUGCAGAGAGAGAAGAACAUGAGGAGUCCGUGUACAAUCUCUUCAUAUCUGAGGUGCGUAACUUUCGCAUGCGGGUGGAGGGUCACGAGGAACAGCUGAUCCGGAAAAUCCGUACUCCGCUAGACAGAGAUGACCUGCAGGAGUGUGUGCUGCGCAUCACCGAACAGGAGAAGAAGAAGGUAGAGCUGGAUAGGCUGAAGGAUGACCUGGAGACCCUGAGAGAGAAGUGUGAAGUUUUCCUUAGGCAAGCAGCUGCCUCUCCAUCCGUCCCUACGCUUUCCUCUGAGCUCAACAUCCUCACUCAGAGCACGAACCAGGUCUACUCCAUGUGCUGCAUCUACCUGGAGAAGCUAAAGACAGUGAGUUUGGUGGUGAAACACAGUCAGAGCGCCGAAGCUUUGGUAAAGCUUUACGAAGCAAAGUUGUGUGAGGAGGAUACAAUUAAUGCUAAUAUCAAAUCUAUCGAUGGUGUCAUGAGCACUCUUAAGCAAUGGAGGUCUGAAAUUGAUGAAAGGCGUGAGGUAUUCCAUGACUUGGAGGACGAGCUGCAGAAGGCACGAGUGGUCAGUGAGCGCAUGUUCAAAACGCACAACGAGCGAGACUUUGAUUUGGAUUGGCACAAGGAGAAGGCCGACCAGCUCAAAGAACGAUGGCAAAACAUCCAGUCUCAGAUUGAAAACAGGCUCCGGGACCUGGAAGGCAUCAGCAAAUCACUUAAGUACUACAAAGACACGUACAACAGCCUGGAUGAAUGGAGCAAAGAAAUGGAAGCCAAGCAGCUCAAAGCCCAAGAGAAUCAACCUGAGGACAGCAAGGCAUUGGCUGAGUUCCUUAACCAGCAGAAAGUUUUGGUGGCAGAAAUUGAGCAAAAACAAAGCAAAAUUGAGGAAUGCCAGAAGUAUUCAGAGCAGUAUGCAGUUGGAGUGAAAGACUAUGAACUGCAAUUGAUGACUUAUAGAGCCAUGGUUGACUCUCAGCAGAAGUCUCCUGUGAAGAGAAGGAAGAUGCAGAGUUCCUCUGAUGUCAUCCAGCAAGAGUUUAUGGACCUUCGUACACGUUACACGGCCCUGGUUACUCUGAUGACACAGUAUGUAAAGUUCGCAGGUGAAACACUGAAGAGGGCGGAAGAGGAUGAGAGGAGUAAGUCGUUGGAAAAUGCAGAGUACUUGAGCUGGACUAAAAGCAUGGAGCUGCAGAAAUCUGCGAGUGAAGAGGAGAUCGGCAGGCUUCGGCACCAGAGGUCUGUUGAGGAUGAGAAGAAAGAGCAUGGCGAUAAGGUUAACAAGUUGUUAAAUUGGAUGUCUAGUAUGAAAACGAAUCUGAACAAAGAUGGAAAGGCUCAAAGUGAUGGCAAACCCAGCACUGAGAGCACUAGUAAGCCCCAGAUGUCACUGGAGGAGAUGGUGACACUGAAGGAACAAAUCGGAGAAGCAAUGCGAACUACCCAGCUGUUGCUAACCAAACACAGUGACAAAAUGACUGAAGAAGAAAAGCAAGAAGCAAAAGAACAGCUGAAAUCUCUCAAUCAGGCCUACAGCGAGCUCUCUCAACAAUGUGCAGAUGCAGCUUCCUCAGCCGAUCAGGCACUGCAGGUCAUCCAAGGGAUUCUGGAUCUUGAGAGUGGAGCUGUCAUGUCUGUGUGUUGCUCGGUGAACAACGGCCUCAUCGACCAGAACACAGGACUUGGUCUUCUAGAGGCCCAGCUUAUAACCACUGGACUCAUUUGGCCUGAACAGCACUUGUAUAUGGACUUGGAGGACGCAUUCAAAAACAAACUUGUGGAUGAUGCAAUGUGCAAGCAACUGCAAGAGUUGAAUGAAGCUAAAAAAUGUCUUCAGAAUCUCCAAUUUGCUUUAGAACCCUUGCCGGUUAUAACAGCCCUGGAAAAUGGGGCAAUAUCUGAGCAAACAGCUAUGAAGAUCAUUGAAAUCCAGCUUGCAACUGGAGGGUUAAGACCACCAUACGCUGGAGAUAUUCUACAUCUGGAAAGGGCUUUUCAACUUGGCCUGAUACCCGAGUUGCUGUUUAUCCAGAUUUUGGAGAGAAAGGAUAGUUGGAAGAACUUAAUUGACCCCAACACUGCAGAAAAAGUCACCCUUAGUCAGCUUAUGCAGAGAAGCAUUGAGCACAAGCUGACAGGACUUCGCCUGCUUCCAGUGAAACGUAGAAAAGAUGGAAAAAUAUCCCUGACGUCUGGGAGAGAGAUUAGCAUUAUGAAAGCCAUGCAUGAGGGCAUCAUUGAUAGAGAGACCAUGUUUCGGUUGCUGAGCACUCAGUUGUUUGCAGGAGGCAUAGUUGACCCCAAAACUGGCCGAAAGCUGACUGUUGAGGAGGCCUUAUCAGAGGGUCUGAUCAACCAGGACACUGCGAGUGAGAUACUGAGCCAUCAGGCCCAAAAUGGUGGCAUUGUUAAUCCUUGCAACGGGUCGAGACUUUCAGUCGAUGAGGCUGUCCAGUGUGACUUAAUAAGCUCCAGCAGUGCGUUGUUAGUUCUAGAGAAACAGAAGGCCUUCAUGGGUCUUCUUUGGCCUAACGCUGGUGAAAUUCUCUCGUUCUCCACCUCUCUUCAGCAAAACAUUAUCACAGACAAACUGGCGUCUGAGCUGCUGCGUAACCGGCACAAAAUAACAGCCUUGUACAUACCUGAAACCUCGGAGGUAGUUGACAUUGAUUCUGCGGGGGAGGAUAACUUAAUUGAGACAUUUACAAAAGAGUUGUUGAAGACAAUAGAAAUCCCAGAUGUGUUCCCUGAUAUAGAUGAACUGAAUAACAGGUUUUCAUCCUGGCUGGUAAUGAAGGAGCUUCAAAUCGAUGGAUCUUGUUCCAUCGGUGAAGAAAUCAGUGAUGAAAACAGCACAGAUGCACCAUCUCCCUCUGAGGCGAAACAGUUAUUUAUUUCCUACCUCAUGAUGAAUAGCUAUAUGGAUCCAAAGUCAGGCCAAAGACUGUUGAUCUUUGAUUGGCAGUUAAAUAAAAUGGCUAAAUUACUCUUCACAGAAACAUCAGAAUCAGAACAUGUAGAUGAGACUAGCAGACUUCAUAUGAAGGUUUCAGAAGAGUCUCAACUGAAUAACUACAUUUCUGACAAUGACAACGCUUGUCUGAAUGCCGAUUAUAGUGCUUUGGGAGAAUUGCAAAUAUGUGAACCUUUGGAAUGCACAACAGAAAAAGAGCAUGGAGUGGUGAAUUCUACAGAAUUACAUAAUUGCCCAAAACCUACUCUACCUUCUGAAUCUGAUUUAAAUACCAUAGAAACUAAUCGCAAAUGUGAUGUUUUCCUAGACUGUGUUGAACAUGUCACAGUAAUUGAAACUACCAAACUGUCUAAGGAUUCUACAUGUUCAUACACAGACAAGUGCCAAGCAGAAACAAGUAACAUAGCUUCUCCUCAACCGUCGGAAGCAAUGCAGUUACCACAAACAACCUUUUCUGUAGAAGCAACUGCCUCAAGUUUGUGCUCGAUGGAAGUGAAUCCCGAAUGUCAUGAUGCCAAUAAAGACCAGGAAAAACAUUUAAAAGACUCCACACUAUUGUCCAGUGAAACAAUCAGUUAUACGGAAAUGCCCUCUGAAUUUCCACAUACAGAGGUUGUGUGGGAUGACAAGCUUGAGAGUGAUUAUGCCAUUCAUCUUCUUAAGGCACAAGUAGAGGAAGAUGGGAUUUUAGAUGUCACCUCUGGAAAACGGUAUGACCUUGAAGCUGCUCUCGGUAAAGGCCUUAUUGAUGAAGAGACUGUUUUAGAAGUACUCGAACUGCAGCUUCAAGAGGAUGGUUUGAAAGAGAACGAAAAUGCUACAUUGUCAGAUCUGAACAUUUCUGUCAGUAAAGGCUGCAUCUCAAGUAAGGUAGCACUACAGAUCAUGGAAAAGCAGAACCUUCUGGGUGGUUUCUAUGAUGCAGCAGCUGGAAAAACCAUUAGAGUUUGUGAUGCUUUAGAGACAGCUCUGAUUACUGAUGACCUUAGCAGAAGUGUUCUCUCUGCAGAGGCAAUCAGGAAGGCCAUCAACGAUCCAGAUGGAAAGUGUGUGCUCAGUGUAAACGAUGCUAACCAGUCUGGGAUGUUGGAUGAUGAAGAGGCUGAGAGGAUGUUACAUUCACAACAGGAUGAAAGGGAAGACAACAUGGUGCCUGACUUAGCAAAAAGAAGCCAGAUAAGCUUGAGAGCAAAUGAAGCCACGCAGGUAUCUACAGACAUAGAAUGUGUGAGCAGUAGUCAGGGUUCUCUGUUACCCACCAUUACUGACACACCAUCUAAAGGUAUUUCAACAAAAGACGAUGUGUUUGAUAAAGUUACUGAGACUAAUGGAAUAGGGGAGGAUUGUGAUGAACAGUGUGCUAGUUUCAAGACUAUAGAUUCCAAAAACCACAUAGACACUACAGAUGAAAGAGAAAUAGGUUUCACUUUGCAAGGAAAUGAGACAGAACGACCACAUAACAGCAUGGACACUUUUGAUGUUGAUGAUUCUUGUAAAACUGUAAGUCCUUCACCAUGUGUCAGGCAGGUGGCAUAUCUUGAGACAACGGCGAGUCAGGUUGUUAGCCCUGUACAGAGUGACUCUGGGAUAUCAUGUUCAUCACAAAGUGAUAUCUGCUCCGAAGAAAGGAAAUCAGAGAGUGUACCUAAUCCUGAACAGGAAUUCGACAGGUCCGAAGUGGAGUCUGAAACAAAUGCAUAUUUUGACAAAAGGCCUUCUGAGGGUUUAAGCUCUUCACUAGCAAUGGUAGAAGAUCUUGCACAAGUUAGAACACCUGCUGAGCCGCAGUCAAACUCAUCUUUAUGUUGCACAAAUGCCACUAUAGCAGAGGUGAAUUUAAGUACUGAUGAUCAGCACACAUUAGCUCAGAAUAUGCUGAAUGAGAAAGAGGAGGUGUCAUCUCAGACCAAUGCAUCAUAUAAAGCUAAAUACUCCAAUAAUGUAAGCGAGAACCUAGACGAUGAGCAUUCUGUUCAGGAUUCAGGUGUGUUUAGUUCUGAAAAUAGAGUAAAGGACAUGGUUAACUAUGAGAACAGAAAUGCACCAGAAACAGAAUUUGAGCCCAGUGCCGUCUGUGCAGAAAGCAGAAUUGACUGUAAGGUAGAAAAGAAUGAUGACAUUGAAAACUCUGUAGGUUUCAAAGGCUCUGAGGACAUUUGUCAGCUCAAUUUGAUGGAUUUAGUUGGAUCUACAGUAAAUUCCGAGCAGUUACCACUUGAAAUUGUUACUAAUUCUAGUCAAGAUGAUUCAAGUGGAGGUAACCAUAACAUACAGCACCCAAGUGAUCAAGGCAUAUUUUGUAAUCAUGUAGCCCCAAAGACCACUACAAAAGAUGAGUUAGCCAGAUCAUCUGAAUCAGAUCUUACAAGUGACAAUGAUACACAUGUAAAAGACUUGGUAGAGUUAUCCUUGGGUCAUUGUUCACAGGAUAUAAUCGCAGAAUUCAAUGAUUUGCAGUCUGCCCCCCAAAUUCCAAGUCCUUCAGUCAAAAUCAUGCUUGAUCAAAAUAGCGAACAAAGUGGAGACAUCUUCAACCAGUCUCAAGCCGGAGAUACAAUGGUUGCUGAAGGUAUACACCAAGAUGAUCUUCAUUUACCUCACAUGGCAAUGGCCGAAGAUGAAAGUUUACCGAAAUCAAUGGGAGGCAGUGAUUUAAAGUCUUUUUUAAAUGAGUUAAUCCAAAUGAAGAUGGAUGGAGCAAGUAUGGAUGAAACUCAAAAACAAAAAUGCCAAGCCAUCGAUAGCAUUAUUGAAAUUAUUCAGCACCACUCUGGAAUCUCCCCAACCAAUCAUGCCAACUCAGAUGAGAGAAGAGGGGAUCCUGAUAUCCUCUUGGAUUUGAAAAAACAUGAAGAACCAAGAGAAGCUCAGAACUGGCCAUCUGAUGAGAGUAAUGAUGAACCAAAGCAUCAGACAGAUCCACUGGAGAUGGUUCAGGGGAUCUCCACAGAUAGAGAUAAAGGAAUACUCGAGGAAGUGGAUGGAAAGCCAAGCAGCCCUUUGGGAGUCACUGCCCUGAGAGAAGAAAGCAUGGAAGCCAAAAUCAUUCCUGUUCCAACCACAGAUGAUGAUGCUGCAGACGACGUCUUCCAGCCAACCGACUCUAACCACCUGGUUUCUAUGACAGAGGAUCCAUACAUACAGCAAACGAACGGAGUCAAACCUAGAAGAUAUUCCACCCAGAAUUAUUUGGAAUGUGUUGGGAGGCUUCAGGAUCACUGUGAUACUCUUGAAGAUAUAAGAAGCGACUUGCAGACUAAGGGUCCGUUAGCAGGAGACAUUGAGGGGUUGCAUUGUCAGUUAGAGGAAGUUCAGUCUCUGGAAGCACAGAUUGCUGCUCUCCCUGACUUGCUUACAGCAGAUUUGAGUGUAGCAGAGCAACUUCUGAAUUCUGCUGAUGAACUCGUUCCCACGCAAAUCCACCAAGAUUUGGCCACAGUCUAUGUAGAUUUACAGAAUGCUUUCGCAGAUGUUUGCCACUUGUCAGCUGAGCGAAAUAAUGCUAUUCUGCUAGCCAUUGAGACAGUGAAGAUCCAUUUGGAAACCUUGUAUCAGGAUUUGCUAAGCUCUCUUGAGAAGAUCUCAGCUUGUAUGCAAGACAAUUCUGAGAUGGUGUCUAAGGUUGAUAUCAUGGAUGCUGAUAACAUAAGAAUAAUUAAGAACAAGAUUCAGCAAAAUAAGGACAUAGAGAAAGACUUAUCAGGAACCCGACAGCUCCUGGAAGAUGCUGCUUUUGAUAUCCAAAACUUCAUUUCUGAGCAUGCUCAGUUCCUGAGUCCCACUCACAGCAGACACCUUCUGAGGGCUCUUAGCACUACCCAGAGAUCCUUCAAAGAGCUCAUGGACAGAGUCUUCACUCAGAGACAAACUCUAGAGGUCCAGUUGGAGAUCUGUGAGGAUGAGACUCAGCAGCAGGCUGCUGUGGAGAAGCAGAGGGAGUUUUCAGAAAAGCUGCAGGAGCUGUCUGAUGAUCUGACACAGACAGAAAACCGCCUCAUUGGACACCAGCAGCAGGCUGCCAGUGCAGAGACUGUGGGAGACCUCCAGCAAUACCAACAAGAGCAUCAGGCUUUACAGAAAGACCUCCAGGCUAAUGUCAGCGCGCUCAAUGAAGUCAUCAGUAGCACAGAGAAGUUUCUGGAGGAGAAUUGCAGUAAACUCACUCCAGAGCAGAUAUCGGCUCUUGAGAACAAACUGGAGGAAUUGAAGAGCAAAGCGAAUAUGCUUAACCAGAAGUCAGAAGAGUCAAGGAAGGAUCUAGAGAAGGUUUUGAGCAGUGCUAUCCAGCAGGAGACUGAGAAGGAGGCAGCUGUUGAACAACUUGAAGAGAGCAAAACUAAGAUUGAGGGUCUCCUAGACUGGAUCUCCAACAUUGGGAAAGAGAAAGAAAUGGGUGGAAUACAAAAGGACCAGUUGGUUAAACAGAAUGGAAACAUGCCUGAGUACACAUCAAUGGAAGGAAUAAUUGGAGAGGAAGAUGAUCCUAAUGGAAAUGCAUUAGAUUCUACAGAUAACACAAGUCUACAUGCUGGUGAAAAACAAGAUGGUAAAGACCUGGAUCUGGACCAGCAGUUUAACAGUGUUAAAGACCGCCACCAGGAGAUCUUGUCCCAACAGCAGGAUCUGAUCAUCGCCACACAGUCAGCACAGGCAUUACUCGACAAACAGGCCCAGGUCCUGUCACCCGCUGAAAAAGACAAGUUACAGAGGGACAUUAAAGAGCUGAAGGCUCGCUACGAGGCCUCUCUCACGCAGGCCGAGCAGCAGAUGAAGCAGGUCCAGACUGUCCAGGAGGAGCUUCAGAAGUUCAAGGGGGACUGUGAGGAGUUUGAGACGUGGCUACAGCAGGCCCACGGGGAGAUGGAGGAGCUCGGGGCUCCCGCCGCGGGUCUGGACACUCUGAGUAAUAAUUUACAGAGACAGAAGAGUUUCUCUGAGGACGUCAUCUCUCAUAAAGGAGACCUGCGCUUCAUAACCAUCUCCGGUCAGAAGGUGUUGGACGCAGCGAAGGCCUGCGAUCACAGUGAAUCGGACGGCCCGCCGAUGGUUGAUAUGUCCGGGACUUGUGCUGCAGUGAAAGAAAGACUGGACUCUGCCGCCAGCCGCUACAAAGCCUUGCAUACGCAGUGUAAUCAGCUUGGAAAUAACCUGAAAGACAUGGUGGACAAGUACAAGAAGUAUGAAGAUGCCAGUGGUGCUCUGGUGAAGUGGCUGAAUGUCUCUGAGGAAGAGUCCAGAAGGCAGCAGUCGGAGCCUAUUGCUGGAGACCCACAAACCCUACAGAGACAGCUGGAGGAGACCAAGAGUCUUCAAGGGCAAACAACGUCCCGUCAGGCUGCGGUGGAUACGCUGAGGAAAACAGCUGAUGCCUUGAUCAGUGCAGAGGGAGACCUGCUGUCCCAUCCAGAGGAGAUUCAGGAGACAGUGGAUGACAUCGUAGAGAGAUACGACAACCUGUCCAAGUCAGCGAGUGACCGCAAUGAGAAGCUGCAGGUGACUCUGACGCGCUCCCUGAGUGUGCAGGACGGCCUGGAUGAGAUGAUGUCCUGGAUGGAGAAGGUGGAAGAGAGCGUGAAGGAGAUGCCCAAAGUGCUGCUGGACUCCAGCUCCAUUGCAGAUGCACUUAGCAAGGAGGCAGCUCUGGAGCAGGACCUGUCCAGCAGGCAGAGCAGCAUCUUGGCAAUGCAGGCAAAGGUGAAGAAGUUUGUGGAGAGCGCCGAGCCAGCCGCUGCCGCUGUCCUCCAGACUAAGAUGGAGAGCUUGUCCCAGCGGUUUACUGACGCCUCUGAGCGACACAAGCAGAAGGUGGCUCAGAUGGAGGAGCUCCGAGACAAGGUGGAGCAGUUUGAGAAGACAUCUGAGGAGGUGCAGCAGUUUGUGCUGAAGAGCUCACAGGCUCUCUCAGAGUCAGACGGGCCAGGAAAGAACAUCGCUGAGCUCUCCCAGCUCCUCCAGGACACAAAUGAAGAGUUGGCCGAGCACACAAAGGGCGUGGAAACGCUCCAGAAACUGACUGAAGAACUCAGCAAGCUGGGUCCAGAAGGAAGCGCAGCUCUUCUUCAGAGCAAGAUGCAGAACAUCUCUGACAGCUUUAAUUCUUUUAAGGAGACAAUUACUGAGAGAAAAGAGGAGGUUUCAUCUUGCCAGAAGCAGCUGCAGGAGUUCAAAGCUGCCGCAGGGGUGUUAAUGAAAUGGCUGGAGGACACAAAAGAGCAAGUGGCAGUGCUUCGGCCCAACUGCAGUGAACAGGGCCUGGGAACAGACCUGCAGAAAGUCAAUGGCUUACUGGACGAAUGGACUUCCAAAGCUCCUGCUGUCCAGGAUAUAAAUAGCCAAGGAUCUGCUCUAUGUAGCCUAAUCAGUGUUUUGACAUCACCGACCAAAGCCAAGAUACAUCACAACUCAGGAUCAGGAGUCAGUAACGGUUCAGGUCCAGGCAGCCAUUCUUAUCUGACAAACCAAGAGUUGAUGCUGGUACAGCAGAACAUGUCCUCCAUUAACAACGAUUACGAACAUCUGGGGGAGCACCUGAAGGCCAGGUCCUCUGAGCUCAGCGCUUUGUUGAAGAGAGUUCAAGGCGUCCAUGAUCAGGCUGAGACUUUACGUCAGUGGAUGGAAGACACAAAGAAAACAGCAACAUCAUUGAGUAACCAUCCAUCUGGGAAAGACGCAGUAAGAUCACAGAUAGAGCAACAGAAGGUCUUUGAAGAUAAUAUGAAACAAAAGCAAGUGCAGCUCCAGCAGCUCAGGGAGAAUCUGCUCCGCUUAAUCGAGGAACACCCUGAUUCACCCGAGGCAGAAAAGUGGAAGCACAUGCUAGCACAGAUAGAUGCAGGAUGGGAGGAGGUCAAGGGCACACUGGAGACCCGGAAACAGCACCUGGAGGAGUCGUCUCGCAUGCUGGAGCUCUUCCAGACGUCCCAACCGCAGCUCUCGCAGUGGCUGCAGGAGAAGGAGUUGAUGAUGGGCGUCCUGGGGCCUUUGUCUGUGGACCCAAACAUGCUUAACACACAAAAGCAGCAAGUAGAGAUUCUCCUCAAGGAGUUCGAGAGCCGCAAGCCUCAGUAUGAGAAGUUAACCGAGGCUGCCACAGCCAUCGCUAGUGCGUCAGAGCCGCAGGAUCCUGCCGUAGAGCAGGUUAAAGAACAGCUGGCAUCUGUUUCCCAGCAGUGGCAGGCCCUGACAGGUCAGCUGUCUCAGAGAGAUGCUCUCAUUGAGCAGGCUGUGGGUAAGACCACUCAAUUCCAGGAGCUCUUGCAAAGGCUCAGUAAAAGUGCCACUUGCCUGGAGACUGAACUUAAUAACCAGCAGGCCCUCAGUACCCAACCUGAUGAAGUCAAGAAGCAGAUUGAAGCCACUAAUGCAAUCCUGGCUCAGCUACGAGAGGAGAAGAAGAGGCUGACGGAGGCAGAAAGCGUCUGCUCUGAGCUCUCUGCCAUGGUGACUGAAGAGUAUCUCAGAGCAGACUUGACAAAACAGCUUGAGGGCAUCACUAAACCAUUUAGACAACUUGAGGACAAAGCAGGAAAGCGGAUUGAGCAGCUCAACUCAGCCUUCGCCAGCUCCCAGCAGUUCCAUCAGACAUCGAAGGACUUCCAAGCCUGGCUGAAUCAGACUCUGCAGGAGCAGUGUAAGCCACAACCCAUCUCUGCUAAUGCAGAGAAGUUAAAACAGAGUCUCAAGGAGAACAGUGCUGUCCAAAAGGCCAUUAGUGAGCAUGAAGAACUCUAUAACACCAUCAUUAAAGAGGGAGAAGCUCUCCUCCAGAGCACGGAGGGGGCAGAAAAGGUGGCCCUUCAGGGACAGCUCUCUGCUCUAAGGUCCAACUGGGACGAUGUGAAGAAAAGUAAUGCUGCACAAGCAGAAAAGCUUCAGGGGGCCUUGCAGAGGGCAUUGAAGUACAAGGAACAUUCUGAGAAACUGAGCUCAUGGUUACAAGAGUGUGAAGACAGGGAGAAGAACGUGAAGCUCAGCGUGAACUCGGUGGAGAUUGAGGGCUCCCUCUCGCAGUUGAAGGCCAUUCAGAAAGACGUUGACAAGCACAGAGGGCAAGUUGUGAUGAUGAACACAGCUGCAGACAGCCUCCUGGAGGUAGUCACCUCAGAUGGCGAUUCGGUUAGGGAGGAGAAGGCAACCAUUGGUAAAAGAGCAGAUAAGCUGACAGAAGAUUUAACGCUCAAAAAAGAAUCAUUAGAAAAUAUCUCACAGAAGCUGAAAGAGUUCAACGACUUACAGAAGGAAGCCAAAGGCCAGCUGGAGGCUGCCAGGAAACAGCUCGAUUCUCACUCGGAUUUGGGUGUCCAGGCCUACAGCAGCAAGAACUUGACCAACAUGAAGGCUCAGCAGAACAGCUUAGAGGGUGUCCACAACCAGAUUGGGCAUCUCAAAAAUCUGGCAAAAAGUCUUGUGGUAGAUGCCUCUGAGGUGGAAGGUGUGACAGACCUUCUUCUUCAGGCAGACAGCUUGGAAAAAGACCACAUGUCAAUUGCUAAAAAGGUAGAGGAUGCCUGCUCCACCUUGGAGGACAAACUCCAGGGCAUAGGACAAUUCCAGAACAGUAUUCGUGAAAUGUUUGCAAACUUCACAGACCUGGACGAUGAGUUUGAUGGUAUGGCUCCAGUAGGCAGGGAUCUUGACACCUUACGGGAUCAGCAAAGCACUAUCAAAGAGUUUGUUGCUAGACUUCAGGAUCUGAUGACCAACACGGCCAACGGCAGAGACAGUUGCAAGAAGAUGCUGGAGUCAGAGGCCUCACCAGAUCUCCUGGGUCUGAAGAGAGACUUGGAAACCCUGGGCAAGCAGUGUGGAAAGCUGAUGGACCGAGCCAUGGGUAGAAGAGAACUGGUUGAGGAGACCCUCAGUCAUCUGGAGGAGUUCUACAGCAAGACGCAAGAGUUUACCCACAAACUGAGCAGUGCCGAAAAACAAGAGGAGUCCCAAGGGUCGGUUGGAUUGGAAACAGAAGUCAUUAACCAACAACUGGAGGUCUUCAAGGUUUUCCAAAGGGACGUCAUUGAGUCGCUGCAGAGCCAAAUACAGGAGUUGAACACUCUGGGCCAGGCACUGAUCCAAAAUGCUGCCAAAGGCACCAGCACCAAAAAACUUGAUCAGGAUCUAGAGGAGGUCAACACCAGAUGGAACACCAUCAACAAAAAAGUUUCAGAGCGAUCUGCACAGCUUCAUGAAGCCUUGCUGCACUGUGGCAGGUUCCAGGAUGCACUGGAGUCCCUUCUCAGUUGGCUCACGGACACGGAGGAGCUGGUGGCCAAUCAGAAGCCUCCAUCAGCAGAAUUCAAAGUGGUGAAAGCACAGAUACAGGAGCAGAAGCUUCUGCAGAGACUGCUGGAUGACCGGAGAGCUACGGUGGAGCUGAUUAAGAUGGAGGGACGGAAGGUGACCGACUUAGCUGACGCUGUUGAUAAGGAGAAGAUUGCGAGAGAGAUUGAAUGCCUGGGGCAAAGGUGGGACGACCUACUUAAGAAAGCUGAGAACAGGCAAAAGCAGUUGGAGAAUAUUUUGGUGGUGGCACAGCAAUUCCAUGAGACCCUUGAGCCUUUGACGGAGUGGCUGACAGCUACUGAAAAAAGACUAGCCAACUCAGAGCCCAUCGGCACCCAGACGUCCAAGUUGGAAGAGCAAAUUUCUCAGCAUAAGGCUUUAGAGGAGGAGGUUUUGGGCCGUGGUAAGAUCUUGUACCAGGCCAUGAGUCUGGGCCAGUCUCUACGGACGGUCAGCUGUGUGGAUGAUAAGGAGCUGGUGCAGGCAAAGCUCGACACCACGCACAGCAGCUACAUCGAGCUGCAGCAGCAUUGCCGCCAGAAGGCCGAGUUAUUGCAGCAGGCCCUGGCUAAUGCACAGCUCUUUGGGGAGGACGAAGUGGCCCUAAUGACAUGGCUCGAUGAGGUGCACGGCAAACUGAGCGAAGUCUCGAUACAAGACUACACAACGGCCGUGCUCGCUAAACAACACGCUGAGCAGCUGGCUCUUCAUGAAGACAUUGAGUUGAGAAAACAAAAUAUUGAACAGGCCAUCCUUAAUGGGUUAGAACUGCUGAAACAGACCACAGGCGAUGAGGUUUUUGUCAUCCAAGGUAAACUAGAUGGAAUAAAGACGAGGUAUUCAGAGAUCAACACAAUGAGCAACAAUGUUUCAAAGACUCUGGACAAAGCCCAGUCUCUUGCCACGAAACUGCAAAACACACACGAGGAGCUGAACUCCUGGUUGGAGGAGGUAGAGUCUGAGCUGACCAUGUUUAAAGCUCAAGAGCCGGUCGGAGAGCAGCUCACUUGCUUACAAGAGAGGCAGAAAACACUGAUGAAGGAGGUUAAGGAUCAGAAGCCACUGGUAGACUCUCUUAAUGAAGUAAGCAGCGCUCUGCUGGAACUCGUUCCAUGGCGAGCAAGAGAAGGUUUGGACAGGAUGGUCACAGAUGACAACGAGCGCUACAGAGCGGCCAGCGAUGCCAUUACACAGCAUGUAGACCAGACUGGAGCUGCCAUCUUAAAAUCCCAGCAGUUCGAGCAGGCUGCCACCUCUGAGCUCGAGUGGCUGACGGAGGCAGAGAGGAAAUUGUCUUGCCUUGGGGACAUCAGGCUUGAGCCGGAGCAGACCACAGCUCAACUGCAGGCUCAGAAGAGCUUCUCCAUGGACAUUAUGAGACAUAAAGAUGCCGUGGAUGGCAUCGUGAAGACCGGCGAGGCCAUUAUGAACAACAAAGAUGAGGCAGAGAAGCAGGCGUUGAGGAUGAAGCUCCAGGCAUUGUCAGAGAAAUACAGUGUGGUAAGUCAGCUGAAUUCGGAGCGCUCUCUGCAGCUGGAGAGAGCUCAUUCUCUGGCCUGCCAGUUCUGGGAGACGCACGAUGAACUCUGGCCAUGGCUGCAGGAGACGAGGACUACCUUCACUCAGCUGUCCCUGCCGACUAUCGAGUACGAAGCACUUCGACAGCAACAAGAGGAGCUGAGGCAAAUGAGGGAGCUGAUAGCAGAGCACAAACCACAUAUUGACAAGAUGAAUAAAACUGGACCUCAGCUGGUGGAAUUGAGUCCCACUGAGGGGGCGCCAAUCAGAGAGAAAUACGAGGCCGCAGACAAACUGUACAGCCAGCUUAAAGUCGACGUCAAGCACAGAGCUGCUGCCCUGGAUGAGGCCAUCUCCAAAUCCACUCAGUUCCACGAUAAGAUAGACCCUAUGCUGGAGUCUCUGGAGCGCAUUGCCGAACGCCUGCGCCAGCCUCCAUCCAUCUCUGUCGAGGUGGAGAAGAUCCGUGAGCAGAUAUCAGAGAACAAAGCUGUGAAUGUAGACCUGGAGAAACUUCAGCCGUCGUAUGAGACCCUCAAGCAGCGAGGAGAGGAGAUGAUCGCUCGCUCUGAAGGAGCAGACAAGGACAUUUCGGCCAAAGCUGUUCAAGAUAAGCUGGACCAGAUGGUGUUUCUAUGGAAUGACAUCCAAGCUCUUCUGGAGGAAAGAGAAGCCAAGCUCCUGGAUGUCAUGGACUUAGCCGAGAAGUUCUGGUGUGAUCACUGCGCUCUCAUCGUCACCAUCAAAGACACGCAUGAUCUGCUGAAAGAGCUGGAGGAUCCUGGAGUCGAUCCUUCAGUGGUCAAGCAACAGCAAGAGUCUGUGGAGGGCUUUAGAGAAGAGAUCGAUGGGCUGCAGGAGGAACUGAAUGUGGUCCAGAAUCUGGGGGCGGAGCUCAUGACAGCGUGCGGAGAACCUGAUAAGCCGGUGAUCAAGAAAAGUAUAGAUGAGGUGAACUCAGCUUGGGAAACCCUGAAUAAGGCAUGGAAAGAGAGAGUAGAGACUCUAGAGGAAGCCAUGCAGGCUGCGGUGCAGUUCCAGGACAGUCUCCAGAACAUGUUUGACUCGGUGGAUAUUAUGGAGGGCAAACUGGAUUCGAUGUCGCCCGUGGGCACGGACCUGGAGACUGUGAAACAGCAGAUCGAGGAGCUGAAGGAGUUCAAAGGUGAUGCGUACCAGCUACAGAUCGAGAUGGAAAGGCUGAACCAUCAGGCCGGGCUGCUGCUGAAGAAAGUGCUAGAGGAAGCCGAGCGCACUUCCAUCCUGGAGCCAAUGAAUGAGCUGAAAAUGCUCUGGGACAACCUGGAUAAAAAGAUUAUUAACAGACAGCACAAGCUGGAAGGAGCGCUGCUGGCUCUAGGGCAGUUCCAGCAUGCUUUAGAUGAACUUCUGGCCUGGCUCUCUCAUACCGAAGAACUGCUUGGUGAACAGAGGAAGGCCUGCGGCGAUCCCAAAGCCAUUGAGAUCGAGCUUGCAAAGCACCACGUGUUGCAGAACGAUGUGCUGGCCCAUAAGACCACGGUGGAGGCGGUGAAUAAGGCUGGCAGUGACCUCAUUGAUUCCAGUGCUGGAGAGGAGGCGCGAGGUCUGCAGACCAAGCUGGAGAACCUCAACCAGCGCUGGAGGACUAUCCUGGAGAAGACUGAGCAGAGAAGACAGCUUCUGGACAGUGCCCUGCUGCAGGCUCAAGGUUUCCAUGGUGAGAUUGAAGACAUGCAGCAGUGGCUGAAAGACACGGAGCGUCAGCUGUUACCAUCAAAGGCCCUCGGAGGCUUACCAGACACGGCCCGAGAGCAGCUUAACACCCAUCUGGAGCUCUGCAGUACACUGGAAGCCAAGGAGGAAAUAUACAAGCAGCUUCUUGACCGAGGGCAGCACAUUUUGACCUUGACCCCUGAGGGUCAAGACAGCACCACCGAACUGGACCUGCGCAACCUGCAGGAGAAGUGGGAAUGUGUUCAGACCAAAGUGACAGAGAGGAAGGUGAAACUGGAGGAGGCCCUCACGCUGGCCACAGACUUCCAUAACUCACUACAGGAUUUCAUUAACUGGCUGACGCAGGCCGAACAGACCCUCGCUAUGGCCUCGCCUGCCUCCCUCAUCCUGGAGACCAUCAUGUUCCAGAUAGACGAGCAUAAGGUAUUUGUGACUGAGGUGAACUCACAUCGGGAUCAGAUCAUCGAGCUGGAUAAGACAGGAACACACCUCAAGUACUUCAGUCAGAAACAGGACGUGGUGUUGAUCAAGAACCUCCUGCUGAGUGUUCAAGGCCGCUGGGAGAAGGUCGUGCAGAGGUCAGUGGAGAGAGGACGCCUGCUGGACGAUGCCAGGAAACGUGCCAAACAGUUCCAUGAGUCCUGGAACAAACUGAUGGAGUGGCUGGAGGAGUCCGAGAGAGCGCUGGACUCGGAGCUGGAGAUCGCUAAUGAUCCGGACAAGAUCAAGACGCAGUUAACCCAGCACAAGGAGUUCCAGAAAGCUCUGGGCAGCAAGCAUUCGGUGUAUGACACCAGCAGUCGCACGGGCCGAGCUCUGAAGGACAAGACCUCCUUGAAAGAUGACAACCAGAAACUGGACGACAUGCUCAGUGAGCUCAGGGACAAAUGGGACACAGUCUGCGGGAAAUCUGUGGAGAGGCAGAAUAAGCUGGAGGAGGCUCUGCUGUUCUCGGGUCAGUUCACAGACGCACUGCAGGCUCUCAUCGACUGGCUUUAUAAAGUGGAACCACAGCUAGCUGAAGACCAGCCUGUGCAUGGAGACAUAGACCUGGUCCUGAACCUCAUCGACAGCCAUAAGGUGUUCCAGAAAGAGUUGGGCAAAAGGACUGGCAGCGUGCAGGCUUUGAAGCGCUCGGCCCGUGAGCUCACUGAGAGCAGUCACGAUGACUCGUCCUGGGUCAAAGUUCAGAUGCAAGAGCUGAGCACGCGCUGGGAGACGGUCUGCAGCCUCUCUGUGUCCAAACAGACACGGCUCGAGCAGGCACUCUGUCAGGCUGAGGAGUUCCACUCCACCGUUCAUAUCUUACUGGAGUGGCUUGCCGAGGCCGAACAGAGCCUUCGCUUCCACGGUGCUCUGCCUGACGAUGAAGAAGCCCUCCGCGCUCUCAUUGAACAGCACAAGGAGUUUAUGAAGAAGCUGGAGGAGAAGCGACUGGCCCUGAAUAAAGCCACGAGCAUGGGAGAAGCCAUCCUGUCCAUCUGCCACCCAGACUCCAUCACCACCAUCAAGCACUGGAACACCAUCAUCAAAGCACGCUUUGAGGAGGUAACAGCCUGGGCCCGACAGCACCAGCAGAGACUCUCCAGUGCUCUGGCCGAACUGCUGUCCACUCAAGAUCUGCUGGAGAACCUGCUCAGCUGGCUGCAGUGGGCUGAAACCACGCUCGGCGAGAAAGACAAGGAACCUCUUCCUCAAGAGUUAGAGGAAGUCAAAACGCUCAUCGCUGAGCACCAGGCAUUCAUGGAAGAGAUGACCAGAAAACAACCAGAUGUGGACAAAAUCACCAAAACUCAUAAGAGAAAAGCCACAGCGGAUCCUCCGGUUCAGUCUCAGAUCCCUGUUCUAGGGAAAGGACGGACGGCCAGAAAGAGAUCUCCUACACAGUCCAUGUACACCGCAGCAUCACAGACACAAAUCGAGACGAAGAACCCCCGAGUGAACCUGCUGGUCAGUAAGUGGCAGCAGGUGUGGCUGCUGGCGCUGGACAGGAGGAGGAAGCUCAACGAUGCUCUGGACAGACUAGAAGAGCUGAAAGAAUUUGCCAACUUUGACUUUGACGUAUGGAGGAAGCGCUACAUGCGCUGGAUGAACCACAAGAAAUCACGCGUCAUGGAUUUCUUCCGGCGUAUUGAUAAAGACCAGGAUGGCAAAGUCACCAGGCAGGAGUUCAUUGAUGGCAUCCUGUCCUCAAGGUUCCCCACCAGUCGUCUGGAGAUGAGCGCUGUGGCAGACAUCUUUGAUCGGGACGGCGAUGGCUACAUCGACUACUAUGAGUUUGUGGCUGCUCUGCAUCCCAACAAAGAUGCUUACAAACCAUUAACCGAUGCAGACAAAAUUGAAGAUGAGGUGACUCGCCAAGUUGCAAAGUGCAAGUGUCCAAAACGGUUCCAAGUAGAGCAGAUUGGCGCCAACAAAUAUCGGUUCUAUCUUGGAAAUCAGUUUGGUCUCGUUCGCUGCUUACAUGACCCCUUAAUCACCGAAGAGAAUAUAACAAACAGGGACAAUCAAAAUCUAACCCCCCAUCUACAAGUUGCUGUUUUGGAAAGCUGUAUCCUGUUUGGAGAUUCGCAGCAGCUGCGGCUGGUGCGGAUCCUGCGCAGUACGGUGAUGGUGCGGGUGGGUGGUGGUUGGAUGGCCCUGGAUGAGUUCCUGGUGAAAAAUGACCCGUGCAGAGUUCACCACCACGGGAGUAAAAUGUUGCGUUCGGAAUCAAAUUCUUCAAUUGCUCAGUCUCCUAUAGGUUGGCAACUCUCACACUUUCUCUCCUUGCUCCAACCCAGUGCUAAGGGCAGAACCAACGUGGAGCUGCGUGAGAAGUUUAUUCUCCCAGAAGGCACCACCCAGGUGAUGGCCAGUUUCCGCUACAGAGGUCGAAGGUCACGGCCGUCCUCGAGAGGCACUUCCCCUAACAGAUCCAACUCUAGCCACAGCUGCCCUGCACAACCCAACCCACCCGGCUCCAACACACCCAAGACACUCCAACAUUUAACCCGCAAUUAUGAUAAACCCUGGCUGACAAACAGCAAAUCAGCUACUCCUCUUAAAUCAUCUGACUCCUUUGACAGCCAAGGGUCAUCCAAUGAGGGCACCCCUAUUCAGGGCAGCAAGCUUCGUCUUCCAGGCUAUUUGUCGGGAAAAGGCUUUCAGUCAGGAGAGGAUGGAUCCUUGAUAAACGCAGCAGUCAUGAAGGCCAGAGGUCAAGCCAUGGGGUUGAGUAAGAUCCCAAGCAGCAAAGCAGGAAGCCGAGGGAGCAGCCGCCGUGGCAGCGAUGCCUCAGACUUUGAUAUUUCAGACAUCCAGUCGGUUUGCUCGGAUGUGUCGGAGACAGUGACAGACUCAGGACGCCCGACGCCGCGCUCAGCCUCACGCCAACACGGAGGAAAACCUUCCAAAAUCCCAACUCCCCAACGGAGGAGCACCCCUACAAGCAAACUAGCCAAGACCACCAAGAGAUAGUCAACAGUUCAGCCGGCAGAAUCGGCCACGUUCCGGGCCUCCGUUCUGACAGCACUGGGUUAGCGCACACUAAACCGAGACUGGACAGACAUAGAUUGACACUAAAGACUGCAAAGUGUUAUCGUUUUUAAAAAGUGUAGCAAGAUGUAAUUUAUUCUGUUGUGAACGUGAAAAAAUAAUUUCAUGUGGAGUGUGCGUGUGAUUGUGUGUGUGUGUGUGUGGAAUGCAAUGGCUUUGUGUAUUUGUCCUGUACUUUACGUGAAUGUUGCGUCAAUAAUAUUUUGUUUGAUCGCUGGGAAAGGUCGGCGAACACAAGAAGACUGUAUGUUGUUAGGUAACACUUUUCCACAUGUUUGCGUCGAGGGAGAAGCUGAAUGUACAGUCGUUUCCUCCAGCGGACAUGCUUGUUGGCCAUAAUAUGCCCUUGUAUUCUGCCAGGAUACCACAAUUAUUUAUUCAUCUAUUUAAAGUGCAAUGACCAGCUGCUGUUAUGCAUUUAAAGGGCAAUUCGAUACCACUGCUAUACUACAGCUGUAACCCCUGCUAUCAUACACUACAGUUAAUCCUGACCAUAGCCUUUAAACUUGCAUAUAAAACAACCAUCUGUAGCACCCGCAGUAAUGUUCGUUUCGAUCAAAUCACAGAUUGCGUGCCACCUUACUGUGACUAGAACUCUCUGACUAAAAGCAUUCAUAAGUGCAAUCAUGCCUGUGUACUCUAUGGUUCCUUUUUGCCUGAGUGAUGCAAAUUACUCAACUUUUUGUAAUAAAUAUGCUUGCAGAAAGCUCAACAAUA